AAUAAUCGUGAAUGUUCGCGAACCAGGCAAACUUAUCGAAAACAACAUGGCGCUGGUUACACGGAGUUUGACGGACUUAGAGAAGGAUAUUUUCAAAAAAAUCAGCAAGAAUGAGAUUGCCGAGCUCAAAUCACUGCUAGUCGCAAACAAAAAUAAGAUUGACUUUGUGGAUGAGAAUGGUAUGACGCCACUUCAGCAUGCUUGCUAUAAGGGAAACAAGGAAAUUGUUCAGAUGCUUCUAGAUCAGGGGGCUGAUGUGAAUUCUUGUCAGCAUGAACAUGCUUACACAGCUUUACAUUUUGCCGCACUCAGCGGAAAUGCAGAUCUCUGUCAUCUGUUGAUGUCCCAUGGAGCUCGUUUAAAUGUCACCAAUAGUGUUGGACGAACACCAGCUCAAAUGGCUGCAUUCGUUGGCAACCACAACUGUGUGGCUACGAUAAACAACUUCAUACCAAAGGCUGAUAUUGAUCAAUACAUAACGCCACAAGGGCUUCGAGCGGAACCUAUGCUACCUCCGCACUUGGCUGAUGCUUUUCACAAAUUCAUUAUGCAAGUUAACGUUCAUCCUGUUAGAGUCGCGCUUAAUCUACAAAGAUCUCCAGGGCUCUUGAAAAAUUUAGAUAAGGUACAAAAGGUCCUAGAAGCCAUGCGACAUAAGCAAAUGAGGCAAGGAAUGGAAACCAAUGAAGUGAUGGCAUUCAAGUAUCACUAUCUCAGUUGUGUAACAGCAGAAGUAGCCAAAUGCCAAAAGCGUCAAGAAGCUAUGAAAGCUGAGAAAUCGAACAAAGAUAAGAACAUUGAGGAUAGUGAAGAAAAGAAAUCUGAUCCUGUUGAGCUGCUAGUCAGAAAAUUUUUAAAGUGUAGUAAAAAUGAUGGCAAUUCAGAGUAUCAAGAAGCCUUUCUCAGAGAAUCCGUUAGAGAAUUUCCUUUCAGAGAAAGUACAAUCUUUCGUCAGAUGGUAGCUACUCUGGCAAGUACAGACCCACCGUCGGCGGUAUCAGUUAUAUCUGCUGCAAUUAACGGGCAGCGAGGUUUUACCGAUAAUGUUCAAGUAUGUGUUACUUGCGGCGAAGAAAAAGCGACGAAAAAAUGUAGUAAGUGUAAAGCGGUACAAUAUUGUGAUCGGGAAUGUCAAAGACUACACUGGUUCAUGCAUAAAAAAUCCUGCGCCAGAUUAGGACAAAAUUCCAGUGUGAAAUUAACUGACAUUGAUAAAGCUCAGGUGGCUAAUGCGGUCAGUUCAAGGUUGCAAAAUUUAGCUGUUAAUUAAUUGACUUGAUAAAUACAACCUACGUUAUUUGCAAUAAAAUUUCAGAUGCUAUGUAUUUAUUUAAAUUGAACAACCAAAUAAUACAAAAUAAACAAACAAAUUAAAUAA